AUGCUUCAGAUCAUUGCGGGGCGUCACCUGCCACUGGGGCGAUUGCUGCAGUCGUCUCAGGCCGCUCUGGGGGCGCUUCAUGGCCAGAAUUAUCCUCAGGAGUCUUGCUGCAGCGCACGUCCAGCCUCGACGGCGAGCAGCAGCAGCAGCAGCAGCAGCAGCAGCCAUGCCCCAGCCGUGGACUCUACAGGGCCCUACUCAGGCCGCGCGGGCCCGACUCUGCAGCAUGCGGGUCCUCCUGUGAUCUAUGAUGUAUCUGUACUUAUCAAAAGCUUCGAGCUGCGGUUUGUCAAGCAGGCCAGCACAGUGAUCCGCGAUCUCAUGCUGCUCUGCUUCACCCCCAAGAGCAUUGGCGCGCUCCCCGAGGACCUUCGCAAAGCCUGGGACCAGCUGGGAUCCGUGCGUGACACCGACGUCGCGCUCGCGGUGCCGCUCGGCGACCGCGCCCUUCGGACGCGGCGCACCAUCUUCACAGUCAUCCGCGGCCCCCACAUUCACAAGACCAGCCGCGAGCAGUUCCAGCGGCUGGUGCAUCGGCGCGUCAUCAAUUUCCCGACGACUUCCCAUGAGGAGCUGCAGUGGUUCCUGGACGCAUUGAAGUCAUAUGACUUCACCGGCAUCCAGAUCCAGGUCAAGCUCGGCAGCAGCAGCUUCCUCAUGCCGCCGCCGCUCCCCGACCCCGCCCGCGCGCCCGCCGCGCCCGCGCGCCCGCUCCUCGCCCGCCACAUGGCGCGCUUCCCCCACCUCUUCCCCGCGGCGGCGCUCGGCGGCGGCGCCCCCAGCAGCAGCGGCGGCAGCAGCGCCGCGGCGAUGGCGCGGGAUUUCGAGCAGUCGUUCGCGACGGCGCGCGCCGACCUGGUUUGGGAGCGCCUGGCGCUGCAGCAGCUGCCGGCGUUCCA